CUCACAUCCAAAGGCAACACAGGCCCCACUGUUCUAAAUUUCCCAUUCGGCUAACAUCAUUUUUCUGAUUUUUUUUUUGGCGUAAAAUUAACACGUUAUUAGAGGGACCCUGUGAUUGCGCGGACAUCUAAUCCAUAAUCCUUUGAAGAUGUGCGACAAGCCCGCCUGCCCCCCGCCUCCGCGAUGCUGUCCUCCGCCACCGCCUCCCUGUCGCCCGCCGCCCACCUUGUGGCAGAAAUUGAACUGCGUUCCGUGCAACCGUUUUGUGUUCUUCAUGAUCGGGGCGGGCAUCGGAUUAUUCUGGGACCAUAUGAAGAAGGAGGCCCAGAAGGCGGCCGAGGAGGCCGCGAAAUCGCCCAAGGAGAAGGAGAAGGAGGCCAAGGAGCGCGAGAAGAAGCAGAAGGAAAAAGAGAAGGCCGAAAAGGAGAAGGCGGAGAAGGAGAAGAAGGAGAGGGAGAAGAAGGAGAAGGAAAAGAAGGAGAAGGAAAAGAAGGAGAAGGAGGCCAAGGGCAAAGAGAAGGGCAAGGAGGGCAAGUAACGACUAUAGACCCCCAAACGGACAUGUCAAGGAGCAGGAUGUUUUCCCCCAAAAUUCUCAUCGAAUCCAUAUCGUUUCUAAACUUCAAAAUUUUCAAGUGCAUUAUAUGGCAUACCUAACGAUAACUAUUGGUCAGUCCAUUGCCGCGUUGAUGGAAGGCUUCUUUAUUUACUAUCUAGUGUCCACCCUUAUAAUUCCAGAUCAAGUAACAAGAUCGGAUGGGAUAUUUAACUGGAGAGAGGAAAUGCCUUUGCGAAAUUUGGAUAACCAUAUCAGGCUUAAAAUUAUACAUCACCCGAAAAUUGAAAUUUACAUUUUGGGUUCGUGAUGAUUUUGAGAUAUGAUCAUGAUCUAUGUUCUUACCGCUAAGGCUUUCUAAUACGUUGAUAUUCUAUUAAAAAUUGUACAAUGAAUACACACCAAAUGUAUUGCCCUCUGCAAGGACCCAAAAUUAGUAAAUUUAUCUAAAGUUAUUCAACAAAAA